UUGGCCCACACAUGUGACGUCACACAACGUCACCUAAACAACAUGGCGACCACCGGGAAGAAGUCUGCCUUGUUCGUUUGCUUGGGGAAUAUCUGCAGAUCCCCAAUUGCCGAAGCAGUCUUCAGGAAGAUGGCAACGGAUGCUGGCGUGGUAGAGAAGUGGAGGAUAGACAGUGCUGCCACCUCCAACUAUGAGAUAGGAAACCCUCCAGACCACCGCGGCCAAGCCUGCAUGAAGCGUCAUGGCGUGCCCAUGCAGCAUGUGGCCAGGAAGGUGACCAAUGAUGAUUUCAUGACCUUUGAGUACAUUCUCUGCAUGGACGAGAGCAAUUUAAGUGAGUUGAACCGAAGAGCAAAUCUUGUGAAGAACGCCGUGGCAAAGGUUGAGCUUCUGGGUUCAUAUGACCCCAAAAAGCAGCGCAUCAUUGAAGACCCAUACUAUGGCAGUGACGAAGACUUCGAAAAGGUCUACGAACAGUGUGCACGCUGCUGCAAAGCAUUCUUGGAGAAAAACUCCUAAUAACAUGCAACCUUAAACCAACUUUGUUGAAAAUAGGGAUUUGACUGCGUCACACACAGCACAUAUAUACUUAUUCUUAUGUGCAGUGUACAUAACACUGGAAGACCAGGAAACCCAUUUGUUUUAGUAUUGUAAAUGUUAUA